AUGAACCCCUCUGGGAACAGCACAGCCUCAGACCCUGCAUCCACCUCACCCACCACUGGGAACAGCACAGCCUCAGACCCUGCAUCCACCUCACCCACAACUGGGAACAGCACAGCCUCAGACCCUGCAUCCACCUCACCCACAACUGGGAACAGCACAGCCUCAGACCCUGCAUCCACUCCGAACCCCUCUGGGAACAGCACAGCCUCAGACCCUGCAUCCACCCCGAACCCCUCUGGGAACAGCACAGCCUCAGACUCUACAUCCACCCCGAACCCCUCUGUGAACAACACAGCCUCCUACCCUGCAUCCACUUCACCUACAACUGGGAACAGCACAGCCUCAGACCCUGAGUCCACCCUGAACCCCUCUGGGAACAGCACAGCCUCAGACCCUGCAUCCACCUUACCCACAACUGGGAACAGCACAGCCUCAGACCCUGCAUCCACCUCACCCACCACCGGGAACAGCACAGCCUCAGACCCUGCGUCCACCCUGAACCCCUCUGGGAACAGCACAGCUUCAAACCCUGCAUCCACCAUGAACCCUUUUGGGAACAGCACAGCCUCAGACCCUGCAUCCACUUCACCCACCACUGGGAACAGCACAGCCUCAGACCCUGCAUCCACCUUACCCACAACUGGGAACAGCACAGCCUCAGACCCUGCAUCCACCUCACCCACCACUGGGAACAGCACAGCCUCAGACCCUGCAUCCACCUCACCCACAACUGGGAACAGCACAGCCUCAGACCCUGCAUCCACCUCACCCACAACUGGGAACAGCACAACCUCAGACCCUGCAUCCACCUUGAACCCCUCUGGGAACAGCACAGCCUCAGACCCUGCAUCCACCUCACCCACCACUGGGAACAGCACAGCCUCAGACCCUGCAUCCACCUCACCCACAACUGGGAACAGCACAGCCUCAGACCCUGCAUCCAUCUCACCCACAACUGGGAACAGCACAGCCUCAGACCCUGCAUCCACCUCACCCACAACUGGGAACAGCACAGCCUCAGACCCUGCAUCCACCUCACCCACAACUGGGAACAGCACAACCUCAGACCCUGCAUCCACCAUGAACCCCUCUGAGAACAGCACAACCUCAGACCCUGCAUCCACCAUGAACCCCUCUGAGAACAGCACAACCUCAGACCCUGCAUCCACCAUGAACCCCUCUGAGAACAGCACAACCUCAGACUCCAUAUGCACCCUGAACCCCUCUGUGAACAACACAGCCUCAGACCCUGCAUCCACCUCACCCACCACUGGGAACAGCACAACCUCAGACUCCACAUCCACCCUGAACCCCUCUGUGAACAACACAGCCUCUGACCCUGCACCCAUCUCACCCACCACUGGGAACAGCACAGCCUCAAACUCUGCAUCCACACCAAACCCAUCUGGGUCCAUCACAGCUUCCAGCUCUGGCUUGAGCCCCACCCACAAUAACUCUACGCCAACAGUUUCCACUGACGCCCACACCACCUCUGGCCACACUGGGACUCCAGUGAUAGAGGUGAAGCCCAGUGGGUCCCUGAAACCCUGGGAAGUUUUUCUCAUCACCCUGGCCUCUGUUGUCAUGGUCAUGGGACUCUCUGCUGGACUCUUUAUUUGUGUGAAAAGAUACCUGUCUCUGAGAAAUGCUGCUGAAGUAACAGUCUACAAUCCCCACAACUCCCGUCUUGGUCCUGGAAGAUCCAAUACGACUCCGACUCCGGGAAGCCCUACCAGUUCCUGGAGGAGACCAGUAAUCUCUGAGGUCAUAGAGAUGAAUGGGAUGUAACGUAACGACUGCCCGUGAAGCCCAGGACCGCAUCCUUCUGAGACACUGCUUCUUCUGUAUACCUCUCUAGGAGUCCGUUUCCCGCUUUGUUCCGGUCCUGGACAUCCUUGAGAAAGAUACAUGCUUCUCCUCUGUCUUUACCAGACACACGGAGAAUAAUGCAUUGUUUGGUCAUUUCACAAAGAAAUAAAACAUCCAACAUGUCUGAAGAGAGAA